UGCUGGCUGGGAGCGGCGGCGGCGGCGGCGGCGGCGGCCCGGCCUCGGCGAGGGAGGAGGCAGCGGCAGGAGCCGUAGCCGUGAUCCAGCCGCCUCCCUCCUUCCCGCCUGCCCUGUCUGCUUCCCGGCGCGGCGCGGCGCAGGUGUAUCCCCACUGACUUCUGAGGUAUUGCACCAAUAUAUCUGAGAGCAGAAUUUAUUUCUUUCUCCUUUCAACGUGUAUGCAAUGCUCCAGAGAUACCUGGAAAGACUUGACUCCUAUCUGUACUGGAUCUUGAUCAUCUUGGACUAUAAUCUCCAUGGCGUGAAAAUCUGAAGAUAAUCCGGAGUAAAAGAUUGGUUUAUUUAAAGUGACUAUUGUAUCAAAAUGGUUGGAAAACUCAAACAAAACUUGUUGUUGGCAUGUCUGGUGAUCAGCUCAGUGACAGUGUUUUAUUUGGGGCAACAUGCUAUGGAAUGUCACCACAGAAUAGAAGAACGCAGCCAGCCAGUGAGGAUGGAAAGUGGGAGAACCACAAUAAGAACUGUCUUUAACUUAAAGGCAAAUAAAACUUUUGUUUACAAUAAAGACAUGCCUUUAAUAUUUAUUGGAGGGGUGCCUCGAAGUGGCACUACACUAAUGCGUGCCAUGCUAGAUGCUCACCCUGAUAUCCGCUGUGGAGAAGAGACUAGGGUAAUCCCUCGAAUUCUGGCAGUUAAGCAGAUGUGGGCCAGAUCAAGUAAAGAGAAAAUCAGACUGGAUGAAGCUGGGGUGACAGAUGAAGUUCUGGACUCAGCCAUGCAAGCCUUUUUAUUGGAAAUCAUUGUUAAACACGGGGAACCUGCUCCCUAUUUGUGUAAUAAAGAUCCUUUUGCUCUGAAGUCCUUAACUUAUCUUGCCAGAAUUUUCCCCAAUGCCAGAUUUCUUCUAAUGGUACGGGAUGGUCGUGCAUCAGUGCAUUCCAUGAUAUCUAGAAAAGUCACCAUAGCUGGGUUUGACCUUAACAGCUACAGGGACUGUUUGACCAAGUGGAAUCGUGCCAUAGAGACUAUGUAUAACCAGUGUAUGGAGGUUGGUUUUGAAAGAUGCAUGCUGGUACACUAUGAACAACUUGUAUUACAUCCUGAAAGGUGGAUGAGAACUCUAUUAAAGUUUCUCCACAUUCCAUGGAACCAAGCAGUGCUACACCAUGAGGAAAUGAUUGGGAAAGCAGGUGGUGUGUCUCUUUCAAAAGUUGAAAGAUCUACAGAUCAAGUAAUCAAACCAGUCAACGUAGAAGCUUUGUCCAAAUGGGUUGGGAAAAUACCAUCAGAUGUUUUACAAGACAUGCCAGUGAUUGCACCAAUGUUAGCUAAACUUGGCUACGAUCCGUAUGCCAAUCCACCAAAUUAUGGAAAGCCAGAUCAAAAAGUUCUUGAAAACACACAAAGGGUCUAUAAAGGUGAAUUUCCGCUUCCUGAUUUCUUAAAGAAAUGCCUCAGACAGAACCAGUGGAGUAGAAUAUCGAUGGACUUAACUUGCACAUAAGGUCCGUUCUACCAAGAUCAGUGAGGUGUACCGCUCAUGGCCUGCUUUUUUCGAAUCUUCUCCCAUUUGCCUUCAGACUGUGUUUUUUGUUUUGUUUGGGGCUUUUUGUUUGGUGGUUUGUUUUGGUUUUUUGUGAGCACACUUAAAUCUGUAACAAUAAAAGCCCUUUUCUGAUAUGGUGAACACUUUCACUGAUGAUGAUGACGAUGUACUGUUACAUUUAUAUAACUGUUUCUACAGUUUGAAAAUGAAAUUAAAGCAAAAUCUGGCCUAUGUUGAAACUGCUAUUCUGUCUAUAUCUUUGUUUAAUUCCAGAGCUUAAUUUUAAAGGGUUUGUAAAAAUGGUUUGUGAAACAUUUGGAAUUUAAAUGUAUGAAAUUUUGUAAAAGUGGCCUGUGCUUGUCCUCAUUUGUGUUUUUUGGUAGAACAGUUGAGCCUGUUUUCAAUUUUAUGGAUAUGGAAAUUGUUAAAUAUCUUUCUUUUAAUUAUUUAAAAAAAUCAUUUCUGAGAUGUUGAUAAAUUACAUGUACAUUUACAAUGCUGUGAUCUUUUGUAUUUUAUUUUUCAAAAUAAAUGCUUUAAAUGUGA